GACUAAAUGGGCUGUGUGCUUCAGCUCUUUCCUCAGCUUUUUUGACCAACUGAAUGAAUUUGGACAUUUGGUGGAACUAUUGCAACUACAGUGACAAUCAUAAUAAUGGUAGGAACUUUGACUAAUUACAAAGUAAUACUGAUUUGAAGUAUCAAAGCUCCAGAUAUACAUAUAUCAUUGGCUCAUAUUAAGUCACAAUGCUCUCGAGUGCUCCCGGCGAAACCGUGGCUUCACCGCCGGCGCCCUUUCCAUCGGACAGACCUCCGGACACCGCCCCUGCGGAAGUGGCACCUCCGGUGUCAGACAUGAUCGUGGACUCAUCGCCUUCCUCUUCGGAAGGAAACCAGCUGGCGUCGAACCAAAAUGCAGACAAGGUCGUGCAACCUUUUUCAUAUGCCAAGGCGGUCAUAGGCCUACAAGAUAUACAGUCGACUCCGCCGUGUGCAACAACUUGGACCCCCGUGGGCGAGCACAACCUGAUUCGGGGGGUGAAGGACGGCGAACCAGCCUUGAGUAUCUCUCCACAAUUCAAACACAAGAUCUGUGCCCCAUGGCAGCGCUCCUUGGUGGUGCGAUUACUCGGAUCCAAAAUUGGAUUUAUGACACUCUGCUCCAGGCUUCGUGGGUUGUGGAAACCAACGGGAACGUUGGAGAUUCGGGACCUCGAUUACGAUUGCUUCUUGGUUAAGUUGGAUAAUGAACAAGACUACUUCCGGGCCUUGACAGAGGGACCAUGGAUGAUCUUCGACCACUACUUGGUGGUUCAGCAAUGGUCACCGAACUUCAAGGUGUCUGACCCGCUCCCGAGAACAAUGAUCGUUUGGGCGCAACUCCUAGUGCUUAAGAUCCAUUUUUAUCACAGGGAAGUCCUGACGACAUUGGGGAACUUAAUCGGUAGAACUAUCAAGCUGGACUACCACACAUUGAACCAAGAACGUGCAAAAUUCGCUCGCAUCGCGAUGGAGGUAGAUCUAUCGAAACAUCUCGUGCCUCGAAUUUGGUUAGAUGAUGCUUGGCAGAGAGUGGAGUACGAAAAUCUCCCUCAGGUAUGCUUUCACUGUGGAAAGAUUGGGCACACCGCUGACACUUGCCCACAGCUCCGACCAACGCUUCUGCCGCGGGUCAACUCUAGCCCCGACGGAGCCACGUCGGAAAUGUCACCGGGAAUACCGUCGGAGGAAAAUCCCGGCUUCGGACCUUGGAUGUUGGUCAGCCGAAAAUCAAGGUGUGGAUCUCGGGAUGUGCAGAAGAAAGGAAAUUCGGGGCCCGAAGUGGCGCAAUCAACCCAGGGAAAUCCGGCCAAAAAUGGAAAAGGGGGUGUGGUUAUCAGGGAAAGGGAAGAUUUGGUUCCCCAAUUGAUGAAACCUACUGGCAGCUCUUCUCAACAGGUGACUUCACAAGAAAAGAAAGGCAAUAAUGUGAAGAAAGGGAAUGAAGAAUCGAUAAAAGGAAAGGAGAAAUUGAAAGUGGAUACCAUGGCAGCCAAAGGGGUUUUGGGGCCAGGGCCGGGUCGCCAGCGGGCUUUUUCUUCUGGGCCGAAGACUGGGCACGGGACUGAUAAAGCAUCAUCCUCGGGCCAGCAAUCUGCAAGCACCGACCACCCGGUGCCAAGCCCAAGCCCAACGCCCUCUACCCAAACAACCGGAUCCCCAGCCCAGAUUGACACCUCCGGGCGCCAGACCCUCCCCUUCGCGAUACGCUCGACGACUGGUACUAACGGUACCGUUUUGCAGGUAGUGGAAUUUCAACAGUCUGAGGGAGAAGAGGGAAAAACGACGGAACGUGGGGAGCUAUCGACGGCCACCAGACUGAAGAAGAACAAGAAAACUUCAGACCGGGUCCGGAAAGGGUCGCCGGCCAAGAUGAUUCCGAUCCGGACCAUCCAGCGCUGGUCACCAAUGAAAGAAAAAAGGGCGAAGCCUAGAGCUCGCCUUGCCUCCCUAACCCUUCAAGAAAUCAGUGCCUGGACGUCUGAGAACGGGAAAGCUGCUGCAAUUUUGUCUCUGGAGCAAGAUAGAGCGGCAACAAUCCCUAAUCAGGAAGCGGCUCUUCCUCUGACGACUGCGGAGCAUGGCCAACCAAAUGAUCACUGAUCUCUCUUCAGUCUUCCUUUUUCUUUCUUUUACCUUGUUUAUCCUUAUGUCGACACAACCUAACAUCAAAAUCUUUUCUUGGAAUGUAGGUGGAGCAGGGAGCAGAGCCUUUAUACGGGCGCUCAAGCUUGCGAUUCUUCAGAAUCGACCUGAUUUUGUUAUCCUUCUGGAGCCCCAAAUCAGUGGUGACUCUGCUAGCUCCCUGUGUGAUAGAAUGGGCUUCCCCAAUUCUCUGAGAGUUGAGGCGACGGGCGGCAAGGGGGGAUUUGGAUUUUCUGGGAUGGGCACCGGUUCAACACUCAAAUCAUCUCAGCCUGCUCUCAACAUCUAUCCCUCCGUAUUUCUGAUAGCAAUCUGACCCCGUGGAUUUUAACAGCAGUUUAUGCCUCUCCUCGCUCUUAUCGGCAGCACAGCCUUUGGAACUCUCUUAUUGAUUUAAGCGGACGAAUUGAUAUCCCGUGGAUCCUAACCGGCGAUUUCAACGCCAUCCGCAGUUUGGAUGAGAAAGCCGGUCCCCCUGCGAGCAACUCUGCUCGGCGAUGUCGAGUUUUCAAUGACAGGAUCAAUCAAGCGGAGCUUGUCGA